AUUUAUAUUUAACAUAUACAGAGUUUAAACCCAGGACAUAGAACCUCACUUGUAAUCGAGAGUCUUCUGGAAGAGAAGAGUGGCAGAAUUUGUUUUAAGCACCAAGACUUGACUAUGAAGUAAGCAGAGCACAUGGCAUUGGUAAGGUGUUCUUUCAGGUGGAUUAAGCCCUUGGCCACGGAUUCCUGGUCGCUUAUUCUCAUUCUCUUUUCUGUACAACACGCAUAUGGGGGUGGAAAGAAGUUUAUUGGUCCCUGUGGGGGAAGAGACUGCUCUCUUUGCCAGUGCUUUCCGGAAAAGGGAUCUCGGGGUCACCCAGGACCACCUGGGCCACAGGGUCCUAUUGGGCCCCUGGGGCCUCCAGGACCCAUUGGAAUUCCAGGAGAGAAAGGGAUGAAAGGUGACAGUGGCCUUCCUGGAGCAGCAGGUGACAAAGGUGACAAGGGUCCAACAGGUGUUCCUGGAUUUCCAGGUUUGGAUGGAAUACCUGGACACCCGGGGCCUCCUGGACCCAGAGGCAAACCUGGCAUAGAUGGCUACAAUGGCUCAAGAGGUGAUCCAGGGUUUCCAGGAGAAAGAGGAACUUUUGGCCCAGAAGGCCCCCCAGGACUUCCUGGAAAAAAAGGAGAAAAAGGAAAUCCCGUGUUCAUUUUUGGUACUGUAAAAGGUAUUCAGGGUGACAGAGGGGACCCAGGACCUCCUGGCUUACCAGGACCCAGGGGUGCAAGAGGGCCAGCAGGCGCCAUGGGAUAUCCAGGAGAGCCGGGGUUAGCGGGACCUCCGGGCCCUCCUGGGAGUCCAGGCUUGAAGGGUAAUCCCGGUGUGGGAGUAAAGGGGCAAAGGGGAGACCCGGGUGAAGUUGGCCAGCAAGGUUCUCCGGGACCCACCCUCUUGGUGCAGCCACCUGAUUUUUGUCUCUAUAAAGGAGAAAAGGGCAUCAAAGGGAUGCCAGGAAUGAUUGGAGCUCCUGGACCACCGGGACCCAAGGGGGAACCUGGUUUUGGAGCAAAAGGAGAGAAAGGUAUUCCUGGGUUCCCAGGACCUCGGGGUGACCCUGGUUCCUAUGGAUCUCCAGGUUUUCCAGGAUUAAAGGGAGAACCAGGACUGUUUGGAGAUCCCGGGCCAUUUGGAUUUAUUGGUCCAAAGGGGGAACCUGGAGACCGUGGACGCCCAGGACCACCAGGUGUUCUGGCAACUCCAUCUCUUCCACUCAAAGGCCCCCCAGGGGAUCCUGGGCUCCCUGGCCGCUAUGGAGAAACGGGGACGGUGGGACCACCUGGUCUCCCUGGUCCCCCAGGUAGACCAGGGGAAGUCUGUGCAGGCAUGAUGGGACCCCCUGGGCCACAAGGGUUUCCUGGUCCCCCAGGAUUUCCAGGGGCAGCAGGGAUUCCUGGGAGAGCUGAUUCUGCUCCAGGAAAACCAGGGAACCAGGGACCCCCUGGGUUCCCUGGAGCACCAGGGCUGCCAGGACCUCCAGGAUCAGAAGUUGUAUAUUGUAGUGUUGGGCAUCCUGGACCACAAGGAAUAAAAGGCAGAAUGGGUCCUCCAGGAAGAAGAGGCUCAAAAGGAGAAAAAGGAAUUGCAGGGCUCUGUGCCUGCCCGCCUGGUCCCAUGGGCCCACCGGGCCUCCCUGGACUUCCUGGAAGGCAAGGUAGUAAGGGAGACUUGGGGCUCCCUGGGUGGCCUGGAGAAAAAGGUUACCCAGGCCCACCUGGUGCCAGAGGAUCCCCAGGGCCUCCAGGAAGACCUGGUGCACCAGGACCACCUGGAAGCAAAGGAGAAAAAGGCGACAUGGUUGUAUCAAGAGUCAAAGGGCGCAAAGGAGAAAGAGGUCCUGAUGGGCCUCCUGGAUUUCCAGGCCAGCAGGGACAACACGGUCAAGAUGGAUAUGCUGGAGAAAAAGGGGACCCAGGACCCCCGGGGGAUCAUGAAGAUGCAGUCCCGGGUGAUAAAGGACCUCCUGGACCACCGGGCCCCCCGGGGAAAACAGGACCCAGGGGGCCUCCAGGACUGGGAUUCCCUGGCCCACCAGGGGAGAAAGGGCCACCAGGAGCUCCAGGCUUCCCGGGCGAGAGGGGUCCUGAUGGCCAGAAGGGUCAGAAAGGUGAUACAAUUCCUUGCAAUGUAACCUACCCUGGGAGGCCAGGCCCUCCAGGUUUUGAUGGACCUCCAGGUCCAAAGGGAUUUCCAGGUCGUCCGGGCGCUCCCGGGCUGAGGUGUUUGGAUGGGCCAAAGGGUCAGCGUGGCAAACCAGGAAUCUCAGGAAUACCUGGUCCACCUGGUUUUCGUGGUGAUGUGGGAGAGCCAGGUUUUGAAGGAGAAAAGGGGUCCUCCACUGUUGGGCCCCCAGGCUCUCCAGGUUCACCUGGAGUGAACGGUCAGAAAGGACCCCCGGGAGACCCUGCUUAUGGCUACCCAGGACCCCCAGGAAAGAGGGGUCUUUCGGGAGUUCCAGGGUCAAAGGGACUCAGAGGUGAUCCUGGACGCCCAGGGGCUGCAGGGCCAGCUGGCAUGCCCGGGUUCCCGGGUCUCAAAGGUCCCAGAGGCAGAGAGGGAAGUGCGGGGUUUCCAGGCAUCCCAGGCCUACCCGCUCACUCCUGUGGAAGAGGCGCUCCAGGAAGACCUGGGCAACCGGGGCUCCCCGGGCCUCCGGGCAGCCCAGGUGCCCCAGGUUGGAAAGGACAACGAGGAGACAUGGGACCUCCUGGACCUGCUGGAAUGAAGGGCUUUCCCGGAGUCCCAGGACGGCCAGGGGUAGAUGGACCCCGAGGACCUCCGGGACUCCCAGGUCCCUUUGGGGAUGAUGGGCUGCCUGGCCUUCCGGGCCCAAAGGGACCCCAGGGGCUGCCUGGCUUCCCGGGUUUUCCCGGAGAGAGAGGAACGCCUGGCCCAGAUGGACACCCCGGCAGAAAGGGAGAACUCGGACAGAAGGGCUGGCCUGGCUUCCCAGGAGACCCAGGAGUGACAGGUGUCAAAGGAGAAAGAGGACUCCCAGGAGAUGAAGCAGAAAUAGAUAUUGUUUCCAUAAAAGGGAAAACUGGGGAUCCUGGGCCUCCUGGAGAUAGUGGAUUCCCAGGAGAACAAGGUGCUAAAGGCCAUCCUGGGAUGCAAGGGAGGAGAGGAGAGCCAGGAAGCCAUGGACCACCUGGAUUUCACAGAGGGGAGCCCGGGAGAACUGGGCAGCCAGGCCUUCCUGGACUCCCAGGCCCUCCAGGCCCACCUGGGCUGAGAGGGAUCAUUGGUUUUCCUGGAUUUCCAGGUGACCAGGGUGAGCCAGGUUCUCCAGGGCCCCCUGGACUUCCAGGAGUUGAUGGAGCAAGAGGACCUAAAGGAUACAAAGGUGAACCUGCAGAUCAGUUUGGCCCACCUGGUCCAAAGGGCGAGCCAGGUAGCCCUGGAUUUCCAGGACUUCUGGGACCACCUGGAGAGCAGGGCUUGCCUGGUAUUCAAGGACCUGGAGGACCACCGGGAAGGCCAGGACUACCUGGCCCCUCUGGACCUGCAGGGUAUCCAGGUCCUUCCGGGUCGCCGGGCCUGAACGGCUUGCAUGGCUUAAAGGGUCAAAAAGGAACCAAAGGUGCUUCAGGUUCACAUGAAAUGGGCCCACCAGGUCCACCGGGAAUACUUGGGCCAAAAGGGGAGCCAGGAGACCCCGGGAGCCCAGGAAUUUCUCCUCCAGGACUUUUUGGAGAAAAAGGUCCCCCAGGCCCCCCAGGGAGAGCUGGACCGCCUGGUCCCGCAGGUGCCCCAGGAAGAGCUCCUAAGGGUGACAUUCCGGACCCAGGUCUGCCUGGAGAUCAGGGACCUCCUGGCCCCGAUGGUCCAAGAGGAAAACCUGGACCUCCAGGGCCCCCUGGGAGCGUUGACCUUCUGAAAGGGGAACCAGGUGACUGUGGCCUGCCGGGGCCUCCAGGUCUUCCCGGCCCGCCAGGCCCUCCAGGACACAAAGGCUUCCCAGGAUGUGAUGGUAAAGACGGCCAGAAAGGACCAAUGGGAUUCCCAGGGCCGCAGGGGCCACAUGGAAUUCCUGGGCCCCCUGGAGAGAAGGGUUUACCUGGACCUCCAGGCAGACGAGGGCCCUCGGGUGCUCCAGGUUCCAGAGGUGAACCUGGGCCACCUGCAGACGAGGAUGCCUGCCCCCGAAUCCCGGGCCUUCCUGGGGUACCAGGCCCAAGAGGACCAGAAGGAGCCAUGGGGCCCCCGGGAAUGAGAGGCCCCCCAGGACCAGGGUGCAAAGGGGAGCCUGGGCCGGAUGGCAGGAGGGGCGAGGACGGCCUCCCAGGGUUCCCUGGGCCUCCGGGACAGAAAGGGGACAUGGGAGAAGCGGGCUGCCCAGGAGCACCAGGCCCUCCUGGGGCCCCGGGGGAUCCUGGGCCCAAAGGGUUUGGCCUCGGGUACCUCAGCGGCUUCCUCCUGGUUCUCCACAGUCAGACGGAUGGAGAACCCACCUGCCCCGCGGGCAUGCCCAGGCUCUGGACGGGGUAUAGUCUGUUAUACCUGGAAGGACAGGAGAAGGCUCACAAUCAAGACCUUGGCCUGGCGGGCUCGUGCCUUCCCGUGUUCAGCACACUGCCCUUCGCCUACUGCAACAUCCACCAGGUGUGCCACUACGCCCGGAGGAACGACAAGUCCUACUGGCUGGCCAGCACGGCGCCGCUGCCCCUGAUGCCGCUCUCGGAGGAGGAGAUCCGGCCGUACAUCAGCCGCUGCGCCGUGUGCGAGGCCCCCGCGCAGGCCGUGGCGGUGCACAGCCAGGACCAGAGCAUCCCGCCGUGUCCGCGGGCCUGGAGGAGCCUCUGGAUCGGGUACUCUUUCCUGAUGCACACAGGAGCUGGGGACCAAGGAGGCGGGCAGGCCCUCAUGUCACCCGGCAGCUGCCUGGAGGAUUUCAGAGCCGCGCCGUUCCUUGAAUGCCAAGGCCGGCAGGGAACUUGCCACUUUUUUGCAAAUAAGUACAGCUUCUGGCUGACGACGGUGAAACCUGAUUUGCAGUUUUCCUCGGCACCAUCACCAGACACCUUGAAAGAAGGCCAGGCCCAGCGCCAGAAAAUCAGCAGGUGCCAAGUCUGUGUGAAGCAGAGCUAGACGCCCGCAGGUCACCGUCAGGUGGUCAAGAGACACUUCCAACUUCCUAGGGGGCUAAGGCAUCCUGGGCUGUGCUAAGAGAUUCAAUGGUGCUCAUCUUAGACCCCUGUUCCCGCUGUUCCUUCUGUUUCGAGGUGGUUAUUCCCACAGUACUGUAUUUCCUUCCUUUGUUCAGGAUAGACUGAGCAAGUGGUACACACGUGGAUUUGUUUGUACCUACCAAUCCCAAUGAAAUCCAGACAUUCUUAUUUUAUUGGAUGGUGGAAACGCUGGCUUUAUUUAAAGGUAUGCUAAUUCAGGGGAAGGCUCAGAGAUGAUAAAGGCCACGUUACAAAUUACAUUACUGCAAACUCAUUCAUUGGUUAAUAGCAACUCAAACAAUUGAAGUCAAUUGCUCUAUAUAAUACAUUGGGCUUCUGGAUGGAUUUUACAGGAAAAAAUAAAUAGGCUAACAAAUGAAACUAGAAAGUAGAGAUUUCCUACCUUUCAAAACGAUUGCCUCCGUAAUCUGUUUUUCCCAUGCACUUUAAAUAAUUGUAAAACCAUGACCCAAGGAGAUUUAAAAAAAAAAUCCACGCAGCCAGCCUUAACAGUUCAUUUCAAAGCAGAAUGAUUCAUUAUGCCAGGAAGGACCUCGGUCGCUGUAUCCCAGAGAUGCGACAUUAGCAUAAAGCACAUCGCAGAUGAACAUAAAACAUUAUGUUCUCUUCUGCAUUUUUCAGAGGAUAGAAAUGCCUACUUGGGCAACCCUUUGGAAAAGUAGCAAUUACGGAAAAAAAUAUGUUCAAUAAGGGAUUAAGAGCCUAAAAGCUAUUAAUGAAUAUUAAGGCAGUGAUUCACAAAAAUGGACUCCCCACUGCAGUGAACUUCCAAACAGAGCGCUUUUCCCCAGUCGGGGUCUGGCUUGUCCACUGAGCGUGCAUGUGUGCUAAUGGGAUGGAAACCACACGGGGCUCACGCAGGCGGUGACGUUCACACAAAGCAUCUCCCUCCCCUCCGCCAGAGCGCCCGCAGAGCUGCCUCACCUCCCGCAACGGACACUUUCCCUCCAUCCACAUAAUAGCAUCUCAUAUGGGGAAGUGACAGAGCUAUCAUUAUGCACUUGGGAGAAAAUUAAGGACCGACUUAAUUAAACUUAGAUAAGAAGAUUCAUUUAAGUCAUCGUCACCCCACCAGAAAGACCUGGCACUAUUUUAAAUGAAACAAAGACAACUUACAAUUUGAAUUUCAUGUUCCUGUUAUUGGUCCUUUACAGGAGUAUCCAGUUUUUCCAACCUGAAAAACAUUCAUAUAUUUUAUAUCAGUAUUAGACCAAGGCAGCAGUUUGACAUUUGGCAUCUUUUAUAAAAGUUUAGAAGAUACGUCAAUUUACAAUGAGUAGUUUUCUGUAUUGCAAAGGAUAUGUUUUCUAUUUUGCCAGGAAUUCAGGGGUCUAAUGCUAAAAAUCAAAAGGCUUAUUGGAAAAAGAUUUUUAGGAAACUUGCCUUCCUCACUUUAAAAAGUGUUAUUUUAGAGAAAACUAAAGAAAUUUCUCACGAGAAAGUGACAUUCAUUUUAGUGCUUAGUUUCAGUGCACUCAAAAAUAAUUAAGAAAUACUUAGUUAAAACUUGUUUAUAAGAAAUGUUCUUCUUGCCAAACGUUGAUUGAGAGUGUACUCUUACGUGCAGAAUAUAUUUCAAAUGAAUCUUGCUUUGGGCUGCCCCUCAGAAUGGCAAUUUAUUUUAAGGUUACUUUCUGGUAAAAAGAAAAAAAAGUGUACAUUUUAAGAUGAAAUAUUUUCUUGAUGUACCAGAAUAUUUCCUAGUCCAUUUGACCUAUUGAUUAAUUUUUAAGCUCUGCUAGGGCAUGUUAAAUACUUUUGUACACCUGAAAUUUAAGCCAAUUUCAACCUUAUUUAUAAUUACACUUUUUUGUUUCCAAAAGUUUUAUCAUAGAUUACUCAAACUCAAGCCUUCUAAAAAUCCAUCUGGGUCAUUCAUGAAUUUGGUCUGAGAACAGUUUCUGGGAAGAGGUAAGGGGUGAUUGAUGGACCAUUAAGAAAUAUAUCUUGCUUGCUAUUUUAAACACUUUAAGUUUAGUGUUAGAAUAUUAUCUUAACAAGCUAGCCAAAUAAAUUUAAAAAAAAAACAGGCUGAAUUAAGUGGGCAAGUUACUCCACAGUGAGUCUGGGAUAGUGUACGAGACUGUUCAGAAUCCUGAUAUCACAAGGGCCCGCUCUAAAUGCAGGACAAACGCUGCCUUUUGAUUUUGAAAAAUUAUUUUAAAUGGCCAAGAAAGCAACACAACAGAAAAAAAUAAUAACUUGGCUUGGGGGACCACAUUAUUUUAAGCCGUUAUUUUCUUUACCUGCUUACAUAUCAAUGUUCUUUGAAAUAUCAUUUCUCUCUGAUGGAUGAACAAAGCUUCAGAGUUGCUCUCCUAAUCCAUUACUGGUGAUUAGCCUUAAAAUUUCCUUCCCCCACGCCCCCUCCCCCAGCUGGUUGGCUGGAAUGCCUCUGGAUUGCCCAAAGGGGGUUGCUCUGGGUGUCGAGCUGAGGGACGGGAUGUUUCCUUCCUGGUUUGUAUUCUCAGCGAGUGGAGCCCCAUUCAUAUUCCCCAGCUUCCCUCUCUCCUCUCAGAUGCCUAGACCUAUACGUCGUAGGUCACUGCUUCCUGUGGAUUGCUCCCUCCGGCUGCUGCCUCACUGCACCUGUUUAUAGCACAGCCUUUGUCUUUCGCCUCUGUUCUUGCAGUAGGCAUCACCCAGCGGAUGCUUCCAGCUUCAAAUCCCCAUCAUCAUUCUCUAAGAUGCAAACUUGUUUCGUUCUCUUUGGCUUCAUAUCCUUCAGGGGCCGCACUGCCUUUGAAGCCCAGAUGACUUCCGCUGGGGUGACAGUCCUGCGGGAACUGCCCGCAGCUUGCCCUCUGCUCAUCACAGGGGCACGCUCCUGCCCGUGACUUUGCCCUGCUCUUUCCACCAGGGAAGUUGCCCCUCAGAUAAGUUUACCCGGCAGACAGCUGCUUAUCUUAGACUGAAUGAGUUGGCAGGGAGGAGAGAGAGUGAAAUUCCCCAAGGAGACGUGGCCUCCCUUCUGCUGCUCCCAGGACCGGUCGUGGGCCUGUCCACCACCUCAUGCUUGCCCCACUGCUCCUUCAUUCUCUUGCUAAAAUGUGAGCCCGCGAGGGCAGGGACCACGCUUUGCUCACCCCUGUAUGCCCAGAGCCUAUGCAGAGCCGAGCCCGUUGUUAACACUUAAUUCUUUGUUCACUGACAAUUCAGUAAGCGUCACUAGGCAUUAGAUGUUCAGCUCUGGGUCUAGGGUUCUCAUCAACAACCUAAUUACAAGGAUAAACCGUUUCUUAGUUCACAAUAUUUUAACAUGACAACCUAUCUGCCCGCCCACCACCUCCUCUUAGAACUAUUGACGGAAAGCCAACUGAUAAACUUUAACCGUCACCCUUUCCUGAAAAAUAGCUUACUUUGCCAUAAACUGAAAUUUCAGAAAUAAGAUUUGAGAGACUUGACAAUGAGACUGUUCACUGAAUUGUGAUCUGACUCAAUGUGUGCUGCCACCUGUACCCCCCAUGAUGGACAAGCGUCCCAGCGCACACUCACCUCAACCAAGUCUGUAUACAUGUUAUUUGUGCUCAGGAAAAUGGUCAACAGAAUAGUUCACUAAAACUGGAUUUUACCAAGGAUUUUAUUUUGAGCCUCUUAGAGAUUAUAAUAAAGCAAGUCAUUCUGUGUGUUCCAAGAAAUUACAUUAGCUUUGUGUUUCUAUCGGCUCCUCAGAUUAAUUUGAUAGUUAUGACUUUUAUUUGGCAUGGCUGCAAGAAUAGUGGAAAGAUGGGAACUUUAGAGUUGGUUGAACCCGGGUUUGAAUCCAGCUCUGUCGCUUUCCAGCUGUGUUACCCUGGGUGAGUUACACCAACUCUCUGAGCCCCCUUUUCCACGUUUACAAAGGGGACAUCACACCUCCUCUUGCAAUGAAAAUUAAGUUCGAUUAUCUGUCUAGCACAUAGCAGUCCGCAUACAUUUACCAUGGUCACAUCUUCUACUUAAAACAAGCCAUUGCAUAUGAAAGUAUUUCUGGGGAUUUUUUUAAUAGGAGAAUGACGUAAUGAUUCUCACAGGGCGUGUGAAUUUACUGAUUAGAAUGAUUUAUACCAGGCCAAUUCUUCAUGUCUUUGGGAGUGCUAUUUUAUUUCAGUUCUGAAAGUUACUGUACCACACACACACACACAAAAUCACAAUUUCCUGCAGGGACAUUAUCAGUAAGUUCUGCAGGGAACAAAACAAUUGACAUUAAAAAUCAGUGCUCUGCAAUCGUCACCGUUAUUAUCUGCGAAAGACUCUGCAUAAUGCGUUUUAAACCACCAAUCCUGGCUGCCACAUCCAUGUGAGAUGCUUGAAUUUUAUGGUGCUUAAAUAUUUAAUGAUUCAUAGGAAAACAAUGUGAAAUGUGUCUGAUAAAUUGUUUCCCUUUCUCUAACCUAUGGUUGUAAAGUUAAAGGUUUCAACAUGUAAAAUUUGCAGAAUGCCUGGUCUGCUAUUGACACUUAAAUCUCUGUUGUAUUACAAUUUAUAAUAUCACUUAUUAUAUAUAAAAUUCUGUGAUGACCUCCAAAAA